UAAUUACACUAGGUUGAAUUAGAUUUAAUUAUUACAUGUGUUGGAAUGUAUUGUAAUUAAAGAAAAAUAUAUGAGAGGAAGCAUAUUUACAGAUGACUCGAGAACAGCUCAAAAAAACAUUAACGGUGACUAAGAAACAAUGCAUGCCGAAAACCGGAGUAACAGAAGAAAAAGUGGGCAGAAUAGAGCAAGGUGUGUUCCACGAAGAAAAAAACGUAAUGUGCUACGUCACUUGUAUCUACAAAUCUAUCCAAGUGGUUAAGAAUGAGAAAUUAAAUAAAGAAUUGGUGGUAAAGCAAAUCGAUAUUCUCUACCCUGCGGACAUGAGGGCAGCCGCGAAAAAGUCUGUGGCGAAAUGCAUUGGCGUUCAGGACAAUUACAACACGGAGUGUGAGCGAGUAUUCUAUGCUGCAAGGUGCUUGUACGAAGACGACCCACCCAAUUUCGUUUUCCCAUAAAUGAUCAGUUGU